AUGAGUCCGUUGAACCGCAUCAACCGCAUCGCGUCGCACAUCUGCCCGCCCGCUUCGCCCAGCGAUGGCGGCCUCAGUAUGAACGCCACGCGCGCCAAGGGCGGCAGCGGCGGCUUCAAGGUCGCCGUGCUGGGCGCGGCGGGAGGCAUCGGGCAGCCGCUGUCGCUGCUGCUUAAAAUGAAUCCGCUUGUAUCGGUGCUGCACCUGUACGACGUGUUCAACACGCCCGGCGUCACAGCGGACCUCAGCCACACCAGCACCUCCGCCGUCGUGCGCGGGUUCCUGGGCAAGGACCAGCUGGGCGCAGCGCUAGACGGCAUGGACCUGGUGAUCAUUCCCGCGGGCGUGCCGCGCAAGCCGGGCAUGACGCGCGACGACCUGUUCAAGAUCAACGCGGGCAUCGUCAAGACGCUCUGCGAAGGCAUCGCGAAGCACUGCCCGCGCGCCGUCGUGAACAUCAUCAGCAACCCGGUGAACUCGACGGUCGCGAUCGCCGCGGAGGUGUUCCGGCGCGCGGGGACGUACGAUCCGCGCAAGCUGAUGGGCGUCACGACACUCGACGUGGUCCGCGCCAACACCUUCGUGGCGGAGGUGUUGGGGCUGAAUCCCGAGGAAGUGAACGUGCCAGUGGUGGGCGGCCACGCAGGCAUCACCAUCCUGCCACUGCUCUCGCAGGUGACACCCGCGGUGAGCUUCAGCCAGGAGGAGUUGGACUAUCUGACCAACAGAAUCCAGAACGGAGGCACGGAGGUCGUCGAGGCCAAAGCCGGCGCUGGUUCCGCCACCCUGUCCAUGGCAUACGCAGCAGCCAAGUUCGCAGAGGCGUGUCUACGGGCCAUGCGGGGGGAGGCGGGCAUAGUGGAGUGCGCCUUCGUGCAAUCCACGGUGACAGAGCUGCCAUUCUUUGCCUCGCGGGUGGUGCUGGGGAGACAAGGAGUGGAGGAGGUGCUAGGGCUAGGGCCCAUGACGCAGUAUGAGCGGGUGUGGUUGGAAAAGCUGAAGCCAGAGCUCAAGGCAAGCAUCGACAAGGGUGUUGAGUUUGUCGCAAAGUCCGCAGGCGGGGAGAAUGCGGAGCAGCAGAGCGCGGGGGAGGCGGGGGCGGAGCAGGUGGUGACGCCGUGGGAGGUGUCAUCUGGGGGCGGUAUCGACUACAACAAGCUUAUCGAGCAGUUCGGUUGCCAGCGCCUCGAGCCCGCGCUUGUAUCGCGUAUGGAGAGGCUCACCGGCGUGCGCGCGCACCCGUUCCUCCGCCGCGGCAUCUUCUUCGCGCACCGCGACUUCGACAAGAUCCUAGACGCGGUGGAGAAGGGCGAGCGGUUCUACCUGUACACGGGGCGAGGCCCGUCAUCCGAGGCGCUGCACCUGGGGCAUCUCAUCCCCUUCAUGUUCACCAAGUGGCUACAAGAAGCAUUUAAGGUCCCCUUGGUCAUCCAACUCACAGACGAUGAGAAGUAUCUGUGGAAGAGCAUGAGUGUGGAGGAGGCACGGCGGCUUGCGAGGGAGAACGCCAAGGAUAUCAUUGCGUGCGGCUUUGACGUUUCACGGACAUUCAUCUUCUGUGACUUUGACUACGUGGGCAGGGACUUCUAUCAAAACAUUGUGAAGAUCGCGCGAUGUGUGACUCUCAACCAGGCAAGGGGCAUCUUUGGAUUCGACGGUGAGGAUUGCAUCGGCAAAGUGGGCUUCCCACCCGUUCAGGCUGCUCCAGCGUGCCCCUCGUCCUUCCCCCACCUGUUUGGCCGCAAGAACGAAGUGCGAUGCCUCAUUCCACAUGCCAUCGACCAGGACCCCUAUUUCCGCAUGACGCGUGACUGUGCUCCGCGCCUGGGCUUCCACAAGCCAGCGCUCAUCGAGUCGCGCUUCUUCCCCGCCCUGCAGGGCGAGAGCGGCAAGAUGAGCGCCAGUGACCCCAACUCAGCAGUCUUUGUCACGGACUCGCCCAAGGAGAUCAAAAACAAGAUCAACCGGUAUGCCUUUUCGGGUGGUGGAGCAACCAUCGAGGAGCACCGAGCCAAGGGAGCGAACCUCGAGGUCGAUGUGCCAGUGAAGUACCUCUCCUUCUUCCUUGAUGAUGACAAUGAGCUGGAGCACAUCAAAACGGAGUACGGGGCAGGGCGCAUGCUGACAGGGGAGGUGAAGGGGCGGCUGGUGGAGGUGUUAACUGCCAUGGUGGAGCGACAUCAGAAGGCGCGCGCUCUUGUCACCGAUGAGAUGGUGGAUGCAUUUAUGGCAGUCCGGCCCAUGCCACACAUGUUUAGCUAG